AGAAGGCACCAUGAUGGGAAGAAAAACUCUUUUGCUUGUGAUUAUGGGAAUCUUUGGGGCAUAUUAUGUGUAUACACCUCUCCCAGAAAAUAUUGAGGAACCUUGGAGUCUACUGCUGGUGGACACAAUAUUAAGAACAAUAAAAAAAUUGAUCGUAGUUGGUGAAUUCUUGGGAAUUGGCCAUUUCACGAACAUUGCAGUUACGGGCUUUCAAGAAGUCCCACCCACUUCCGAUGAAAAUGUCACUGUGAUGGAGACAACUUUCAAUAGUGUUCCUGUCCGUAUAUAUAUGCCAAAGCGAAAGUCAGAGACACUUCGAAGGGGCAUAUUUUAUAUUCAUGGUGGUGGUUGGUGUUUUGGGAGUGCUGCUGUGUUUCAUUAUGACGUCCUGUCCAGAAGAACAGCAGAUACACUUGAUGCUGUUGUCGUAUCAACCAACUAUAGACUAGCGCCAAAGUACCAUUUUCCAACUCAGUUUGAAGAUGUAUAUGAUGCACUAAGAUGGUUCAUGCAGCAAGAUAUCCUUGCAACAUACGGUGUGGAUCCCCAGAGGGUAGCUGUUUCUGGAGACAGUGCUGGUGGGAACCUUGCUGCAGCGGUCACUCAGCAGCUCAUUUAUGCCAAAAGCAAACUCAAAGCCCAGGUCCUGAUAUAUCCUGCCCUUCAGGCUCUUGACAUGGAUUUACCAUCAUAUCAAGAAAACUCACAUUUUCCAAUUUUACCAAGGUCCUCAAUGGUCUGGUUCUGGAGUGAAUACUUUACCACAGACAGAGCCGUUGAGAAAGCCAUGCUGCUCAACCAGCACAUCCCCAGAGAGUCAAGCCACCUGCUGAAAUUUGUGAACUGGAGUUCCUUGCUUCCCGAGAGGUUUAAGAAAGGGCAUGUGUAUAAGAGUCCCACCCAUGGUAGUUCAGAGCUGGUGAAAAACUAUCCCGCGAUGCUGGAUGUGAGGGCGUCCCCCCUGUUGGCUGACAACAGCACGCUGAGUCGUUUACCCUUGACCUAUAUCAUCACCUGUCAGUAUGAUGUCCUGCGAGAUGAUGGAGUCAUGUAUGUCACCCGCCUCAGGAAUGCAGGAGUUCAGGUGGCCCACGACCAUGUUGAGGAUGGAUUCCAUGGGGCAGUUUCAUUCCUGCAAAUGAAGAUUAGUCACAGAAUGACAAAUCAGUAUCUGAGCUGGCUAAGGGAAAAUCUGUAGUAGAAAAUCCAAGUGAGGACUUAUUAAAGAUGUGUUAGUGCUCAGGCAGGAAACAAAUUGGAGAUGAUCAAACAAUUGAAAUCAUUCUUACCACUGUGGCUAACAUCACGUGACAAUCCAA